AGUUAAGGGGUCUCCGAUGUUUGUAUUCAAAUCAAGGUUCGAUUGCGAAGGCUGCCAGCAAGCUCUGUUCCCUGCUGCCGGGUGUUUUCAUCGCACACAGGGUAAGUAAAACUGGUCAUUUGAAUAGACGUCAACCAGAAACUAGGAAAAGAGCAAACAGCUACUAGAUUUUAUUAAUAUUGAUUGGAUGACCGGCAGUGAAAUCAUCAAUCGCGAAAGAAUUCUGACAGGCAGUAGUUAGGUCGCACGAAAGAAAUGUUCAAGUUUACUUAGAGAAAAAAAAAACAUGAAAAAUAACCGUUGUGCCUUCAAUUUAUCCAAAAAAAUAUCGCAUUUAAUUGGUUAUAGGUACGGCAAAACAGGCAACAAAAACGUGCAACUUGUUUUGCAACAUUGCUGCACUGACGAGUUGAAAAGCGAUGCUGCGUGUUUUGUCAUUCACGUUCAAACCUGUCUUGCAAGAAAUGAAGUCGGUUGCAAGUUGCGUGAAUCAGUACUGACUUCUCAUUGGAUAACACUACCCAGGAGUCACGCACACGGUAAUUGUGUCACUUAUUGCAAAACAAGUUUUCCCUAUUGGGCUUGUUAAUUAAACACGCAACAUGUACAGAUUUUGUUGCAAAAAGUAGAACUACUCUCAACUCUCGGCAACAACUUUUCGCAACCUGUAACAACCUGAUUCGUUGCAUGGCUGGUUGGAACGUGCGUGGUAAAACGCGCACCAUCGCUUUUUACUCGUUUUGCAGGAAUGUUCCAAAACAAGUUGCACGCUUUUGUUUGCCUUUUUACUGUACCGUUAGAUCAUACUCACUAUUCCCUCGUGUUGCUAUACUUGAGAGCGGUAUUGUUGGAGCUUCGGCUUUGGUUUAGAAAAACUUUAAUUAAAGAAAGUUUGUAAACAUUAAAACAUGAUAUAUCCACUUUGCUUCAUCUUGUAGAACGUCAAUUGAAUUAAUAAGAGCAACAAUGGCCCAGUACUUACUGCGAGUCAUAAUUCGUCACAAAUCUUCCACUGCCGGAAACAUGGUAAAGUAGAAAACGAGUGCGGAUACAGCUUGGCUGCACAAUUCCUUAAAUGUUUAAUAUUGCAUUCGGAGGGGGAGGGGCUCUAGAAUGAAAUUGCUCUACCAAAUGUGCUUGAAAAUCAAUGAAUUGUCAGUCUACAGUUUAUUCUCACAGAACUAUCAAACUCUUGAUUCAUUUAUCUAAUUUCCUGCGCCCGGUUCGAAGUCCAAUUAACGCUAACCUGUGGCUAAAUUUUGAUCCAGGUUCAUUUUCUUUUGUUAAAAAGUAUUUUCUUGGAUAUUUUUUCUAUUCUUUUUAGAGUACCCAAUCAUCAAGUUAUAGAAAAAAGAAUCAAACUGAAUUUGCUUUUAAGCUGUCAUAUUUGAAUUCAAAUUCCAUACUAACCCUAGGUUCUCUCUGAUCCAUUACGAUUGACAGAAGUAGAGAGCAUGAGAUAGGUACACCACACACAAGCAAAAUUCCUUCAUGCGUUUGCCCUGACUACAGCCUGAAAAAAAAACAAUCAGACGCAGAGCCUAGAUCUGGGUAGUGACAAGUCAUCAGUAUGGAAUUUCUGCAGUCGUUCAUCAGACGUCAUUUCACGGGGAAACCAGAGCUGGCAUGGCGAAACGUGGGCUGUUUUUUCAGGCUACCCUGACUUUUAGUGACUAUUGGGCUAGAGAUUUAAGCUGACUUUAAAAAUAUCUCGGACAAUAAAUAAUAUAAGCUGGUACCAACAUGAUGAACAAACUAAUAUUAAUAUUACUAUACAAUAUUUUAUAAUAUACAUUCCUAUAUAUUAAUUUUAUAAAUAAAUAUUCUGCAGUUUAGAAGUUUCCAGAUGCCUAUUACUAAGAUGUUAAAGUUUCAUGGGCAACACGAUGGUGCAAAACGGUUGAUUUCUUUCCAGAAGGGAGGAUAUCCUUGGCCUACAGCCUAUAACCGCAAUUUUACGGUAAAUGUUUAAAGUUACAAGACUGAAAUACCCUUAUGCGAACUUGUGUCCCUGCUUUAGAAUUGAUAGAACACUCCUCUUAUCCAAACCGGUGUCCAUUUGUGAGGCAACUUGUCAAGUUUAACUUGGGCGCAAAACCCAAUAGACAUUUAUCAUAUACUAAACAAGGUCAUUGCCCACUAAUAGAAAGACCUCAAUCUCAGACCGCAGUUUUUCCUGAUGUCUCUAUUAUGAAACUCGCUUAAUAGAACGCAAAACCCAAACGAAAAGUAUAUCAUUUUAAAAGACAAAAUGCCUCCUUUCGGAAGUUGUUUCAAAAAGUCAAAUUAGUACUUCAUCACAAAAUCAAAAAGGUAGUGUCACAAAUUUCUUAAUGCGCCGCCGUUUGACUCUAGAUCUCUUCUCGGUUUUGAUGCGUAAUUAAACAUUGUACAUCGUGUUUGGUAUAAUUAAUCACGGGCAGAAAAUUACAGGAGGAAAUAAACAGGAGGGAAGAAAACAUUAACCCACAAUUCCGUAAACCACUGGGUGAAUCGGCACAAGAUUUAGACGCAUAAGAUUUCUGGGAUCCGGCUUUUAGGUCACCGUCAAAACUGAGCCUUGAUUUUUUUAAUGGUUGCCUUUGAUACCAUCGACGAACAAUCCAAAAAGACCUUUUGCGAAAGCUUGUAGUUUAUCUCCAUGCAGUUUAUGAAGUGACGAAUAUUACUAUCUGACUUCCGUUGUAGAAAGAAACAUCGAGGGCAAGUGGGGGAGAGGCGACAUCAGACCAUCCUCAUCCUCAUCCUCAUUCAGGACCACAUGUACACUGGGUUUUUCCUUGGAUUCAUGUUCAUCACAUGGGUGACACCAACUUCACGCCAGCACAUCUCAUUCCUGCUAAAAAGAUUAACUCACCCCAUCGACCUCACGAAGUUGAACCGAACACCAGUUAUCGGAUGUGGGGUCUUGUUAGCAGGCAGAAUGACAGCCUGGUGCAGCGUGAUUCAACUAGUAGUUACGUGAAUUGUAAAGGAACCUUCACCGAUAAAACAGGCAACAGUAAGUGUUCUUUGUCCUGUCCUUUUCUUGCCCUUUGCCCUUUUUUUUUUGUUUUUCGUAUACCACGCUUCUCUCUCUAUUGUGACCCAAAAAAGCUUCAAAAGUGUGACCGGCGCGAGUGGUUACGUGACACCUCGAACCCCGGAUCUGGAUGUCCGGGGUUCAAAGCCUCGCCCGUUGCUUUGUUCCUGAGACAAGGAACUUUACUCCACUUUGUCUCUCUUCACCCGGGUGAGUAAAUGAGUACCGGCGACAUACUGCUGGGGGGUAACCCUACGAUGGACUAGCAUCCUGUCAAGGGGGGAGUAGCAAUACUUUUAGGCAUGCUUCUUGCUAAGGAAACCAGGAUAAGCUUAAUAGGCAGUUUGGGCUUUCGGCUCGUGUGCGCCUCUACCUUUUACCAUACUCGUAACUGAAUAAUUAUCCUCCUUCCUCUCUCAACACCCUCCCCGAACCAGCCAGAGAUAAAGGCAGACUGUGGUUCAGUUUAGAUUUCAAUUAGCCAUAUUAGCAUAGUUGACGAAAGAAAGGUUGUUUGUUAAAGUAAUUGGCUUUUUCUGUUACUUUACUUACUUUCAGUCGCUAUCUUGUGCUUGUAUGUAAUAAGUCGAUGACACCAUAGAGUAUGUCUUUUCUAGCAAUUAAAAGGUGAUGAAUUUGAGAAGCCACAAAAGUUAAACAAAGUGCUUGUAAAGGAGGAGGCUAUUCCUGUGCAACGAUUUACUGAAGUUUUUCUCAAGAAUUAAAGCUCUUUUGCCCUUAGUUUCUUUCUCGGCAGAGCGCUUGACUGCAGAGUGAGAGGUCGUGGAUUCCGGAUUCCUGGGGCCGGACCAAUACCCAGCCUAGGGUCUUAAAAUAACUGAGAAAUGAGCUCAACGAACUUUCCUUUGCCCUGCAAACGGCUAGACCUUUGCAUGGCUCGGAUGACCACGUAAGACAACAACGGCUCCGGCCCUCUUCAGUAGAGGACGUAAAAAUAGCGAUUUCAACGGUUUUUCUGUUGUCAUAUACUUUUAGCUCACAAUUUUUCCUUUUUUAUUCCAUCAUGUCAUUAUACAGGGAGUCAUAUUGCACGCUUUCCUACAUUUUAAGUUGUAACGUCUUAGCUUAGAGUUCCUAACUGUCAAAUGAGCCUUGCUUCUUUCUGUUGUUCUCAGUUAGUACUCAAGUGUUUAAUACUUUGACACUCAGAUAAAGGGCAUUUUUGUAGAGAUAUUUUAGUAAACCCGUGAAACAAUAUGUAACAAUUAGCGCCAAAUAGUUACAAGUAAACAAAUUAGAGUGUAAUACAGCGUAUUACUUCCCCUAUCUAUUUUACCGGUUAAGUAAAAUCACUCUAUCAUUGCAAGUUAUCACUAGCGAUGCUUUUCGAAUUUAGCGCCUAAAUAUACUAAAGAUUAUUUGUAAAAGAAAACUCGUGAAAUUUCUUUUGACAGGAGUGGAGAGAAUGGCCCUUCUCGGUUCAAAUCCAUUAAAUUCCUCUCAAUAUCUUUUUUAUAUAUAUAUAGCUGAGAUAACUACAAGCGACAUCAAUCAGGAUUAUGUGAGUUUACUUUUCAAGGACCCAACAACUCUUAAAAAGUACGUCGUGACUGCACAAGCCGACCCAAAGGGCAAUAUAAGCAUAGAGGCUGUGGUGAGUUAUUUGUAAGCCUAAGUAUCAUCUAAAGAAUUAUGGAGAUCUCGGAGGGUGUUAUCCAAAUUUAAUAAUUGUUUUCCAAAAAAAUUCCUUGUUUAAAAGCAAGCUAGAACAUGCUUACCUCAAUUGAUGUUAAGUUCAUUUUCAAUGGCCUGUUUCUCGGCAAGUAAAAGAGACAAAGGGUUGUUUGAAUUGGUUCUACAAAUAUUCUCCAAAUAGCAGAUGUCGUCCGUGUAGUUGUAUUCUUGAUUUUCUUGCUAUAUACUUUGUAGCCUGUGUACAGACCCCCCUCCCCUUGCCUAUUUCCCCCUCGCGAAACGAGUGAAAUGUUCCGCCAUUUUGUACUUACUACCAAAACAACCCAACUCGUCCCCAGGUCUUCUCGGUUUGCUGUCCAGUUUUCUUUGACGUCAUUUUUCACAUAUUGCAAACUUUUUUCAAAUUUGGUGAAGAUAUUGUCCCUGGGAUUUUAUGCAAUCAGAAGCAAAGAAGUAUUUUGAAUGAAUGAAUAAUAGACCUUAUUCAUGAUACCCGCCGUCAUUGCACGCGCUUUAGGAUUGAUGGGAUAAAGGCAACGUCACGUAGUAUUUCAGGGGUUAAAAAAUGAUAAAAUUUACCAAUACGGGUCAUUGCGGUCAAUUCUGUUCAGUCUAUCAAAACGAGACGACGAUUCACAGUGCGACUAUUGUAACCAGGGCCACCUAGACAAAGUUGAUCGGUGACAAGAAAACAACAACACCUUCCGAAAAAGUGAGUUGUCGAUCAUAAUUACCUUGGAAAGAAAUCAACGACAUAGUUCGAAAUAAACCAAUUACAACCUACAGACGUGACUUUCAAAACCCGUUGAAGAAGGUUUUUGUUUUUUGAGAGGUCUCUUAGAGCAAAACGUUACAGUCGUAUUUUUGAGUUGAGGUCGCAUGUUCAUUGCAAAGUGCGGCAAUGUUAGCGAAGAAUUUGCUGCUGGUAGAUGACAAAAUAACAGCUUGUGUCAAACAAAUAUGUUUCCUGGGUGUAAAGUUGUAAAGUUUCGAAUAACAUUGACUGGUGAACACUUUUGGUAUCGUAAAUAAGGACUAUCGCAGUCUGCUGUUGAUACGUGCUCGAUUAUUAGUCGCUGUUCGGGAAAUGAGCCCGCGCAACUCCCCGUAGAAGACCGCUCUCGGGGAGGACCGAGAAAUUAAACCUACCGUUUGAUAGUGUAAAAGAAGACUUAAACAAAGCUGAAAUCAUUAAUGCCAUGCUGCAGAUCAAAACUUUAAAUCUCUUCUCGUGCGAAAAAAAAAAAAAAACAGUAAAGAAUAGCGAUGCCCUCUAUUCACUGGCUUGUUUGACAGAAAAUGGGAGAAGUUUGGGAACUUGCACUUACCGUGAGCCUUAACUGAUCUUAACUUUACUUCACCCUUUAGUUAUUUAAAACAAGUAACUAUUGCCUCGAAGUAACUAUUACCUCUCCUCCGAUCCACGGACAAGCAAACAAUUGCCCUCGACUUCAACGCGCCCAUACAUACAAAUGGCCUUGCCUGGUCUCUUUAUGGCCUUGCACCCGGCCUUCUCGGUCAAUUCAUUUUGGUGACCCGAAACACACAAAACACGCCGAGCGCCGAGCGGAAUAACGAGGCCUGGGGUCAGGGCAAAAAAGGCCAAUCAUUAACCUAUGAGCAAGCUCUCUCGGCAUGCGCAAUCUCAGAGCUUUGCUCUCAAGCCCGAAAUUAAUUGAAAUAGAGCAGCAGCCAAAUAUUAAUCCCGUAUCCCGUCAAGGAAUAUUGCGUGUUCCUGAAUCCCGCAGUGUAUAGUGCAUUUCCAGACCCUGGUAUAUUCGUACAACUGGACUACCGUUGUUGGUGAAUUUUUAAACUCUUUGUUCAGUGAUGAAUAGUGCUUGUGGAUUUGGAUAAUCUAGAUUAUUCUCUCUUGAUUCGUAUCAUGUUUUUGUCUUUCUUGUCGUAUUUCAGGCAACUGCAUCAGGUCAACAAUAUUCGGACGAAGCAAAAUUUAAGCCUUUCUACUAUUGGAGUUAUACUAUUUUCCAGAACAAGUGGUUCAACACAAAGUACUUGAGCUGUGAUAGCACUGGCAACAUGACAUUGGUGGACAUGGCCGAACUAGAUUAUCCAAAUCCGCAAGCUCUGUUCAUUCUGAACAAAGUUUAAAAAUUUACCAACAGCGGUAGUCCAGUGAACAACUUGACGCAAGAGCUUUUGUUACACAUUAAAUGGUAUGUUAGUCGCCACUUUAAGACCUACGAAUUUCAAAUAUAGUUUU